AGCAGUGGAGCUGUGUUGACCGGACGGCCGUCGAUCUCGCGCCGCCUUGCCCUUGCCGCUGGCAGCGCUGCCGCCUCGCGCCCUAUUGCUGUGCACUCGUCGCAGCAGCUCUCGUUCGUCACGACUGAGAGUGGGCUGCGCUGGGCUGACAUCAAGACCGGUUCAGGCGACACGGUUACACCGUUCAGCCGCGUCACGUUCCACGCAGUGGGCAGGCUCGUGGGCAAGCAGGGGUGGGUCUUCAUGAACACCCAGGCCGAGGAGGACGAGCCGUACCGGCUGACCAUGGGAAGCGGCCAGCUGAUCGACGGCAUGGAGGAGGGCCUGCUGGGCAUGCGGCAGGGCGGGACGCGCCGGCUCGUGAUCCCGUCUCGGCUUGGCUACAAGGACCGCGCCCACGAGCCCGUGCCGCGCUCGUUUGGGCAGAGGCAAAGGCUGUACGGCACAGUCCUCAACGAGAACCGG